CAAUGUCUUACAAGGUCACUUUGGAAUACCGUCAAAAUUGUAGUUCCUAUGAUCAAGAGAAUUUACGAGGUGAAGAUGAGACACAAGACAUCAGUUGAGUUGGCAAAACAAGUUUUAACGGCGAUGUCUCAAAUGAAGACAACUGAGAUCCCUGAUUUUUUCCUGGAAAAGGGGCCGCGGAGGAACCCACUGGCUCAAGCUACAGCCAAGGGAAAUAGUGAAAUCGUGAAGCUAUGUAUUCAAUAUUUUCCGAAACUUUUUGUGAAUUCGCCUUCUUGGAAGAGUUUGAUCACUUGUGCGAUCGAGUAUCGCCAAGAAAGGAUUCUCAACCUCUUUUUGAAAUUAAGCUCGACCGCUGAGUUGUCAUUAGUCCUGGGGCCUACAUGGGCCGAUUCAGAAAAUAUGAUUAAAGCAGCAGCAUCGUACUACCCUAGUUUUGAUGCUAAGACUAAGGUGGCCGGUGCAGCUUUUCGAAUGCAAAGAGAAAUCCAAUGGUACGAGGUUGUUCAAAGCUGCAUUGUCCCUAGCAUGAGAACCGCCUACAUCGGGAGAAGCACCGACGAUAGGGCGGAAUCAUAUUGGACUAGAUUUGUGGAGAACCACCAAAACUUGCUUGAGAAUGGGGAGAAAUGGAUAAAGGACACAUCAAAUUCGUGUAUGCUCGUCUCAACUCUAAUUGCCACAGUAUUGUUCGCUGCUGCAUUCACUAUACCUGGAGGCAAUGACAACAAUACUGGAGUACCCUUGUUGUUAGGACAGGACUCCCUCUUGGUUUUCGUAAUUUCAGAUUCGUUAGGUUUGUUCUCCUCCAUGACAACUAUCUUGCUAUUCCUAGCCAUCUUAACCUCGCGGUAUGAGGCACAAGAUUUUCUGUACUCAUUGCCUAAUAGCAUCAUUAUGGGCCUUGUUUUUCUCUUCCUCUCCUUGGCUUUCAUGCUGGUGGCCUUCGCGACAACUCUCACUAUUUUGCUGGAUAAGAGACUGGAGUGGGUUCUCAUUCCUAUUAUUUUGCUGACCUCUAUCCCCGUGGCUUUAUUCUUAGUACUACAGCUUCCCUUGCUAUACCAAAUGAUUAAAUCCACUUACGGACGAAGCAUCUUUCGUCCCGAGAGAAUUUGGUAGUGAGGUGUAAUUAUUGGACGUGAUCAUGUGAUUGACAAAUUUGAUUUGAGGUUGUAUGUCUUCAUUAUAAUUGGUUGUUUAGAGCAGGGCCAAUCCGAUACUGAAUGUAUUUCCUCAAAGUAUU